UAGUUCCAAUUAGGAGAGGUGGACUGACAAAGAGAAAACUAACCACAAAAUGGGACUCAAUACCUACUACGAUGCUGACUUCAAAACAUACUGAUGAAUCAUUAUGAUACCAUCUCCAAAAGGUAAAGGAGAACUUGUUGCAUUUGACUUAUUGAUACCAGCAAGGAAAUUGUUAAACAAAGUAGCAAGUAGGUAGUGGGGUUGGGUUUGGUUGGUGAAGGUUUGACUAAGGCAACCAAACAGAAGAUAAAACAAUGAUUGGGUCCACUUAAAUGAUCAUUAUCUGGAAACAACUCACAAACUAUGCCAGUCAUAAAGGAAGAGCUAGCCUCUUUCAUUUGGAUGAUGCUGAAACAUAUUAUCUUCAGUUUAGUUGAAAUUGAGAUAUCCUGGAUUGAGACAAAGGUCAAAGUUUAUUUACCAAACCAAAAUUUGCCUAUUGAGAAAAUUGAGCAAUUCGUCAGCAACUCCAUAAUAAAAUACCAUUACAAAUAAGAUCAGGCUUGUUCAAGUGCUAGCUUCAAUCUGCAAGUAGAGAUAGCAUCAAUCCAAGAGUGAUGUCCUAAAGCAUCGAAUUCAAUUCAACCAUGGAAAGCCUCUUGUUCAAGUGCUGGCAAGAAACAAAGAAGACAUGGCGCAUAGCAGGGCCGGCUAUUCUUUCAUCAGUCUUCCAGUUCUCCAUUGGCUUUGUAACCGCUGCCUUCGCCGGUCAUCUGGGCUCCGUUCAACUCGCUGCGGUCUCGGUCUCUCAGAACGUCACCGAAGGCUUUGCUUAUGGAAUUCUGUUGGGGAUGGGAAGUGCCUUGGAAACCCUCUGUGGCCAAGCUGUGGGCGCAGGGCAACUUCGCAUACUAGGAGUCUACAUGCAAAGAUCAUGGGUCAUAACCCUCGCCACAGCCGUGGUCUUAACUCCUCUCUAUGUGUUCACAACACCAAUCCUGAGACUGCUGCACCAACCCAGUGACAUUUCAGAAGUAGCAGGCAAGUUCUGCAUCUGGGUCAUCCCGCAACUGUUUGCUUAUGCCCUCAAUUUUCCCCUUCAGAAAUUUUUCCAAUCUCAGAGAAAGGUGUGGGCCAUUACUGCCAUCUCUGGGACAGUUCUGGCCUUCCACAUCCUCCUCAAUUGGAUAUUUGUGGUGAAGCUUGACCAUGGAUUACUAGCAGCUGCCAUGGUCGAGAAUGCCUCGUGGUGGCUCAUUGUCUUUGCACAGAUGAUAUAUCUCUUAUCCGGAUGUUUUUCAGACUCAUGGACAGGUUUCUCUGCGAUGGCAUUCCAAAACCUGUCUUCUUUCUUAAAACUUUCACUUGCCUCGGCCAUAAUGCUGUGCUUGGAGCUUUGGUAUUACAGUGCAGUGAUCAUUAUGGUAGGUUACUUGAGGAAUCCAGAUAUUGCAGUUAGUGCUAUUUCGAUAAGCAUGAACUAUCAAAUCUGGACACUUAUGAUUGCUCUUGGUUUCUAUGUGGCAGUCAGUGUGAGAGUAUCUAAUGAACUUGGGGCCAACCGACCAAAAGCUGCAAAGUUUUCAAUAGCUAUCAUUGUCACCACAUCCACCUUCUUCGGAGUCAUUUUCAUGGCAAUAGCUUUCAUUUUCAGACAGCAAUUGCCAAAGUUUUUCACAGAUGAACCAGAUGUGAUCAGAGAAGCAUCCAAGUUAGGGUACUUUCUUGGUGCUCUAAUUCUUCUGAACAGCAUUCAGCCUGUUCUCUCAGGAGUGGCCAUAGGAGCUGGUUGGCAAACCUCAGUUGCAUUUCUGAACACAGCAUGCUAUUACCUCUUUGGAUUGCCAUUUGGAGCUAUUCUGGGUUUCACGCUUAAACUCAAUGAACUCGGAAUUUGGAUUGGGAUGUUAUGUGGAACCCUGUUGCAGACUGCUAUUUUGCUGGUGAUUACAUUCAGAACUGAAUGGCAUAAAGAGGCUACUAAAGCAGAAGAACGUGUGAGAGAAUGGGAAGGAGGAAUAGAAUUAUCAUCGGCUCCACAACAUUGAAAAAAUGGGGGAAAAAUGUUAAAUGCCACGAA